GGAAGACAUCUCUUUGGAAGUAUGCCGUAUACCCACUGUUUGGAAGUUUACUGAUUAGUGUGAUGUUGGCAAGGAUGUAUAUAGGGACACACUUUCCACACCAGUGUAUUGUAGGAGGGAUGAUUGGUAAUAUAUGCUUAUAUUAUAAAUUUAAAAAAAUAUUUUAUGUAUAACUAUAAAAUUAUUGAACCGAACAUAAAAUUAUUUGUGUAUAAUGCGUAACAUAUGGUACACAAUAUCACAACAGAAAAUUAUUUCUUUUAGAUAGCUAUCACUUGGUUUUGUUGAAUAUUGUGUUGUCUUAAGAUUGAGGUUCUUCGCCAUUUAUUAAGGAAGCUAGUCCCUUUUAAAACCUACAUGAAGCAACUACAGCUGAAGGUUUUAAUUUGUGCUAAUCUCUGAAAUUCCAGAGAACCAAUUCAAUUUGUAUCAUCAUAUAUGUUCAGAUUACUCCACAAUGAAACCAUGGUGAGCUUUGAUAUUGAGUCACUAUUUACAAACUUACCACUAAAUGACUGCCUAGAUAUCAUUGCAAAAAGACUUAGGAUUAUGUAGAUAUUGUAAAACACUGUCUCACGUCAGGAUACUUAAUGGGUUGUGGCCACCAUGGGUUCUCCAGUGUCACCUAUAGUCGCUGACAUCUUCGUGGAGGACUUUGAGGAGAGAGCUCUGGCCAAUGCCCCGGUUAAACCUCGACUGUACAAGAGAUAUGUCGAUGACAUGUUUGUAGUACUCCGCAAUGACAAAAUAUCUGCAUUUCUAGCACAUUUAAAUUCAAUACACAAUAACAUUAAAUUUACUGUUGAACAAGAAACCAACAACCGUCUGCCCUUUUUAGACAUUUUAAUUAUACGCAAAGCAGAUGGCACACUAGGUCACACAAUACACAGAAAGGCAACCCACACAGACAGGUACCUCAACCACCACCGCCUCCGACCACCCUUCACAACUGCUUUCUGUCGGUAAAUGUUUGUUCCAGAGAGCCCAACGUCUUUGUGAUGCUGCCCACCUCGAGGAGGAACUACAGCAUGUCAAACAGGUGCUACACCGAAACAAGCUGCGCGUCCCCCGGCUGCAUCACAGAAACAAUAACAAGACACAGAUGGCAAACCGCAGUGCACGAAUUCGUUGAGGGUUUAAGCGAGAGCGGAUUCGAGAGCAGCAGUCAGCCAGUGGUUAGAUCAUCGUGUGACGUGUGUGUCGUCCUUUCAUUCAACCGUGAGAGUGUAUGUUACAGACGAGUUAGGUAUGAAGAGAACGGAGCAACGGCAGAACAAAGGAAACACCAUGUCACGAAGCGAAUCUACGGUCAGCCGCCGCACACCGCACACACCACUCGUUCUACCCGAUAGCGUCAGCGUAGACUCCAACCCAAUGCUCAGCAUAUACCGGUAACGCCCUAUCCUCUGCGCCUAGCGUCGUGUCUCUCGAUCAAAACUGUUCCUCGGACGAUCGAAGGACAGGGCGUCAACCACGCUCAGCAUUGCACGACAUAGUAAAGUUCAGCGCCACUUCACUCGCUGUCACAGUCGUCGUCGCAUGAUCCCCACGGCGCAACGUGAAUAUCAAUCCAUAGAAAACACAAAAGCCAAGGGCUCGAUUUGAACCCUCUCAUAGUUCAAAGGUAUCGGAUUUUUUUCUACUACCUUUGACAUUUUUCUAUUUACAUUAGCCAGCCAUCAGGUUGUAGCUAGCUUAGCUUUCAUAUCAGUGCCGUCGACGAGGUAGGUUAUCAUUAAUAUUACUUAAAACUUACCUUUCUUCCUGACUCCCACAUUUUCUUUUUCACUCUCUAUGCUUUAUGGAGUUAUAGAAUUUAAUUAGAGAAAUUGUAUGUAGCAAACAUUCCGUUCUAUUUAAUUUGUAUUUGUGUAUAAUUUUGGAUUAUAUUGAUACCGUGUAAGUAUAAAAUAACUAGCCACAGUAGAGUAUUUUUAAUCAUAUGGAAUUUAUUAUUGUGCUUGCAAUUUAGAAAAUAGUAAGCAGUUGUAAAAAAAGUGCAGUGUUUAAGCAGAAAUUUAGAAUAAGUUUUUUAUUUUAUAAUAAAUUUAGGAUUACGUUACAUAAAAUAAUAGCUAAUAUAAGACAAAAAACAUAUUAAUGAAAUAUUAAAUUUAGACUUUUGAUUUUGGAACGUGAUACGCAGAUGCCGAGCACCCAUCUCGUCGCUGGACUGUAUGGACGACUUUAGCACAAACUCUACUCCAAGCUCUCGCUAUCCUUUUUAUGCUUUUCACUUAAUUCAUCUAUCAUAUAUUUAAAACAGACAGUGUUUUUGGGAAGGAUAUGUUAAGAAGAACUUCACUGUCAAAGCUCACUUGGCUUUGGGAUUUACACACACAAUACAUAACACGUACAGCUGAGAAAAUGAUUUAUUUCUGUAAAUUUAUAGUGUUUAUAUUAAAUUGACUAUCCAAUAUUUUUGUAGCCAGUUGGGAGAAUAUGGCACGUCAGUCGUCAGUGUACAUCGGGAACCACACAAGUAUACCGUCAUCCGUGACUCCAGGACUUCUUUAUAAAAACUUGGGCAAGUCAGGAUUGCUAGUGCCCAACAUCGGCCUCAGCCUGUGGACUAUGCUCAACGAAGAUGUCGCUGAAGACCUCGUCAUGACAGCUCUCGAGAGUGGAAUCAAUUUAAUUGAUUUAUCUAAAGCUCAUAACGCACAGGGUGAAGCAGAAUUGGGCAGAAUACUGAAGAAAAGAAACGUUAAACGAUCCAGUAUAAUUAUUACAACCAAAAUCUAUUGGAGUACUAAGUGUGAAGAAAGAGGUCAAUCUCGAAAACAUAUAAUAAGAAGCGUGAAGGAGUCAUUGGGGAGGCUCCAGCUAGAGUACAUAGACUUAGUUCUUGUACAUAAAGUGGAUCCCUUAUGUCCGAUGGAAGAAUUGGUCCGAACAAUGAACUGCCUCAUAAAUGAAGGUUUUGUGAUGUAUUGGGGCACAGCGCGCUGGACUCCAACCGAGAUAAUGGACGCGUACUCUAAGUGUCGAACUUUCAAUUGCUGGACGCCGGUCGUCGAGCAGACAGAGUACCAUAUGUUCUGUCGUGAAAAGACCGAACUGUAUAUGCCAGAUGUGUAUCGUAUGAUUGGAGUGGGAACUAUGGCGUGGUCUGCACUAAGUACUGAUAUGGGUCUGAACCGUGAGGGGGUAGCAGAGAUAUUUGCCAAAUCUCGCUUCAACCGCAAAUACAGCACAUUCAGCUGGUGGGAGGAGGAACUCGUUGCUAACAAUGAACUCGAAAACAAUGAAUCUGCAGUAGCCGAAGAGUCACGAAGUUUCAAGGACAAACUGAAAGCUCUCUCCGACCUAGCCAAUGCCUUGAAUUGCUCGAUAAGGCAGUUGUCGCUGGCGUGGUGUCUUAAAAAUGAAAAUAUAAACUGCUUACUUCUAGGCGCUACAAGUGUCGAACAAUUCAAAGAAAAUAUACACGCACUGCAGAUCGUGCCUCAAUUGUCUCCGGAGGUGAUUUUGGACAUCGAAAAAAUUCUGGCAAACAAACCACAGCGACCCCCGAUGAUCGCCAGACUAGACGCUGCUAAUAGCACAGAGACGCCGAAAGAAGAUGACGUGGAAGCCAACGUUUCAACCUCCGAGGAGGAGGAAGUAGUCAGGGGUUGUGCGUUUCAAUGACGUUGGUGGAAACGAAGCUCUGCCACGGCUUCCAAGUCUAAGGACUCGCUGCUAAAAGACUCAAAACCAAAGUUCUUUUUGAACAAUGCUGGCGCGGUGAUACGGCGCGAAGUACAUGAUGGCGUGACGACCGAUACAGUAGUAUCUGUAUCUUCUCUGAAAGGCAAACAACCAGCAUCAGGAGGCAGCAAGGUUAAGAAAGGCAUGUUCUGGUUCGCUGCACCGCUCCACGCCAGGGUAAUUGGCGAGCUCCCGAGACCGUAAAAUGUCUAGAUUCAAUCUGGGAUCACCUGCUGAUGUAUAAAGUAUGAAACAACAUGAGGGUCAGGAAUCUUUGUAAAAUUAGAUAUACAUUUUGUAAUUAUUUCACUCAAGGACAAAUACUGACAUCGUUUGCCACAAAUUAGUUAGAGAUAUCACUAUAUAGAAGUCAAUAUUAAUAUGACUAUAGUCUAUUUAACAUAUUCAUGUUUUAUCUUUUAUCGUUACAAAAGAGAAAAUAUUAUUUACUAGAAAAUAAGUGCCAAUUGAUUGUAAAUAUAAAUUUAAUAGUCAAGCUAAAUGAAAGAGAUAAUUGACAGAUUUAAUUUUAGUUCGCUUACCAUACCAUACGCUCUGUUGUUUGACUAAACUAAAUAAUUCAAUUAGCCAAAUGUAUAAUCAAAUAAUCAAAAUGUAUGUAUAUAAUAUAGUGUUAACCAAUUCAAA